AUGGAUGACGAAACGGAUGAUAUGAUGCCAUUGAUCAAUCGGAUUUAUUACAUGGCCAGAGAGGGUAUGUCAAUGGCAUUAUACGCGUUCCUGAGUGGUCUAGGUAAACAGCAAGUUGAUUCAAUUAUUAAUCAGAAAGUUCUCGAUGAAGAUGGACAAAAAAGUACUCCACUAAUAAUAGCAGCCCGUUAUGGUCACAACAGAGUUGUCAAAAUGUUUAUCGAAAAAUUUAAAAUGGAUAUUGAACAAGAAGGAACUGUUAAAUUUGACGGAUAUGUUAUUGAAGGAGCUAGUGCUCUUUGGUGUGCAGCAGGUGCGGGACAUCUGAAUAUCGUGAAGCUUCUUGUGAAAGCUGGGGCGGACGUGAACCAUCCGACACAUACCAACUCCACACCUUUAAGAGCAGCUUGUUUCGAUGGAAGACUUGAUAUUGUCAAUUAUUUAAUUGAUCAUAACGCGGAUAUUCACAUUGCUAAUAAGUACAAUAAUACUUGUCUGAUGAUUGCAGCUCACAAGGGACAUUUAGAUGUCGUGACAUUUUUACUCGAACAUGGAGCAGAUCCUAAUGUUAAAGCUCUUUGUGGAGCUACAGCUUUGCAUUUUGCAGCAGAGUGGGGUCACGUUAGCGUAGUAACUGAAUUACUGAAGUUUGGAGCUAAGGUUACGAAGAAUGAGAAUGGAAUGACACCUCUGAUAGCUGCUGCUGAGCGUACGCGUGCUCAUAUUGUUGAAUGCUUUAUCGAGGAGAUGGAUAUUAGUCGGGAGGAUAAAAUAGAGGCCUUCGAGUUGCUCGGAGCAUCCUUUGCUAAUGAUAAAGACAAUUAUUGUUUAUCUAGUGCUUAUAAAUAUCUUCACAAAGCCAUGGAAUUACGAUACGAAGAUCCGUCUAAUAUAAUAUGUAAAAAAUUAAACGAUCCCGUGUCGGCUUACGACAACUGGAGAGAGAGCGAGACUUUACAAAGACUGGAGAGUAUUAAGAAUGACGCCAACGCUAUUCACAUGGAAUCGCUGGCUAUUAGAGAGAGAAUAUUGGGCACUCAUAAUCCAGAAGUACCACAGCCGAUUAUUUAUAGAGGUGCUGUACUAGCUGAUAAUGCCAGAUUUGAUAGGUGUAUUGAUUUAUGGCUUCACGCUUUACAUCUGAGGCAGCAAAAUAAUACUUCUGUCGUCAAAGAUCUUUUACGGUUUGCACAAGUUUUCUCACAAAUGAUUCACGUAGGAGUUGACUUGCAAUUUCCUCAAGUAAUGAAUGUACUUGAAUCAAGUGUUAUUGAAUUGAGUCGGAAUCAAUUGAAGAUAAGUAAUCCUGAUGCCGAAGAUAUUGAUCAGUAUCUUGAUGAAACAGAAUCUAACAUAACGUCAGCGUUGUACAUUCUGACAAUUCUUGUUAAAUUAAUGGCUUUAAAUCAAAAAUCAUAUGACGAAGAAGAUAUUAAAAAAGCGCAUUAUCUUGUUUACAAAUUAUGCGCAUUAAAAAUGACACUGCGUGAUGGCCAGACUCUGCUGCAUCUUGCAGUUAAUGCUAAAACGCCAGUUGAUGAUUUUCAUACCAAUGACGUUUGCAAAUUCCCGUGUUGUGCUACAGCAAAAUUAUUAAUUCAAUGCGGUGCAGAUGUUAAUGCGAUGGAUAACGAAAGAAACACUCCAUUACACGUGAUAGUCGCUUACGAGAAGCCUAUCAGCGACUUUUUGACCCUGCAUGGGAUUAUCGUGGAACUUGUCAACGCUGGAGCUCAUGUUGACACGGUAAAUAGCGAAGGAAAGACGCCUUAUGAUGCAGCAACUACAGGAGUAGCGGAAAUAGUAUUAAGAACCCAAACAAAAUUGUCGCUGAAAUGUAUGGCGGCGAAGGCCGUUAAAACGUACGGACUUUCUUACACUGGGUACGUUCCUCGUUCUCUGGAAAGUUUCAUUGAACUGCAUGGUCCUGGAUUGAAUCAAGGAUAA